GCUGCACAGCUGACCCCGUUGUGUUUUUCAUCUGAGAAUGUGUUCAGGCACAGUUUGGCUGAGAUGUGGUAGGGAAAUGUCAAGUUCAGAUGGGUUCCAAAAAGUUCUAUAAGCCAAUCCCGAGUUUCCCUGACUUCUUACAUUAGCAUCUUUAGUUUGGUCCUCAGAAGCUCAUGAACCAGGAAAAUGAAACCCAGACGUGGGUGAGAGAGUUCAUUCUGCUGGGGCUGGCCAGGGACCGGAAAGCUCAGGUCUCGCUCUUUGUCUUGUUCCUGACCAUGUACUUGGUGACCAUUGUGGGAAAUGUCCUCAUUCUUCUCCUGAUCAGACUGGACAGCAGACUUCACACCCCCAUGUACUUCUUCCUCACCAUUUUGUCCUUUGUGGACCUUUGUUAUGCAAACAGUAUUGUCCCACAGAUGCUCGCCCACUUCUUCUCAGCCCGGAAGUCCAUCCCGUUCCCCAGCUGUGUGCUCCAGCUCCACGUGUCCCUGGCGAUGGGCGGCUCUGAGUUCUUCCUGCUGGGAGCCAUGGCCUAUGACCGCUAUGUGGCGGUGUGCCACCCGCUGCACUACACGGUCAUCAUGCAUGGGGGGCUGUGCCUGGGGCUGGCUGCCGGCAGCCUGGUGGCUGGUUUCACGAAUUCCCUGAUGGAAGCGAUCAUCACUUUUCGGCUUCCCCUGUGUCACAAUAUCAUUAAUCAUUUUGCCUGUGAGACCCUGGCCGUGUUGAGGCUAGCCUGUGUGGACAUCUCAUUCAACAUGGUCAUGGUGGCCAUCUCAGGGUUUCUGGUGAUCAUGCUUCCUUGUUCCCUGGUCCUAGUCUCCUAUGGCCAUAUAGUUGCUGCCAUUCUGCGCAUCCGCUCUGCUCAGGGACGUAGCAAAGCCUUUGGGACCUGUGCCUCCCACCUCACUGUGGUUUGCAUGUGCUUUGGGGCCACCAUCUUCACCUACCUGAGGCCACGCUCGGCCUCGGCAGUGGAAGAGGAGAAGACGGUCGCACUGUUCUAUGCUGUAGUGGCCCCUAUGCUGAACCCCUUGAUCUACAGCUUGAGAAAUAAGGACGUUAUGGCUGCUUUCCAGAAACUCUUAAGAGAAAUUCAGAGAUAAAAGAUAAAGACUGUAAGAACCUCUCAUCAGCUAUCCUCAAAGCAAGAGGGAGAUCACAUUAAUGUGGAUGGGACUCCCACAUUUACACUGAAGAAGAUUGUUAGGGUCACAUCCUUGCAUUCAAAUGAAGUGUUCCUCCAUCUGAUUAAUGAAUUGUCUUCCACAGGCCAAUAUCAGAUGGUUUAUGUCAGUGAGCCACGAGAGAGGCUUGUCUUAGAUCCUCUUGUCUCGGGUAUCCAGUGGUAUUUAGACUCCAUAUGACCCUUUUGGUUUUACUGGUGCAUCAGCGUCAGAAGGAAUGAUCUGUGGCUCCAUAGGCAGGCCUGGUAUUUGGCAUCAAAAGAUAAAUGACUUCUACAGACUAGGGCUUCUUCUACCUUGUGGAACAGAGUGGAGAAUGUCUGUCCCUGUUCCCCCGGACAAUACUCCAGUUACCUGUAGAACAACCUUAUUUCCUCCAGGAUAAUCAGAAGUAGUUUCUCCAACUCUUU